AUGCCCGCGACACCACCAUCCACGACGAACAAUUGGUGGUGUGACAUGAACACAGAAUACGCGUUCGUUGGAUUCAGCUAUGAGGUUACUGCUUGUCAGGAUUUCAACCAGCUCCGAUCCGAGUUCACGGACAUUCGGCAAAGGUUCAACGGUCGUUAUGUCCGCAUAUAUGGGGCUUGCACUGAUUUGACCCAUAACGACGAUGUUAUAAAUGCGGCCUGGGACGCUGGUGUAGGAAUACAUGCUCUUGUCUGGUUUGGAUUCGACGGUGGCGACAUCUGGAAAGCUCGUCGUGACACACUCUUUGCGACGCUAAACUCGAAUCCGAAGGCCAAGUUCGUCACUCGAGUGGUGCAGUUUGGCUCGGAACCGCUCUAUGAUAACGUUCUUUCGGUGGAUGAGCUCGCAGCUCAGGUGGGGGAUGCCAAGCGAAGAUUGUCGAGCUUGGGUAUACCCGUCACCAUAUCGGAGCUGGCUUAUGGGUAUCAGGCACGCGGCGGCGCGAAACCAGUCCUCGAUGCCGUUGAUUUAAUUGAUGCGCACAUGCUCCCCUUCUUUUCGCAGCAAGCUUCGACUGCAAGCGCGUCCUGGCCCAUUGUCCAGAAUGAUUUGAAUUGGUUUGUUGCGAACGGUCAAGGAAAGAAAAUCUACCUAUCCCAGAACGGUUGGCCCUCGGUCACCUACCAAGGUGUACAACCUAACAGUCCCAACGCAGUAUCUGAUGUCCAGAAUGAAUCAGAUUAUUACAAGCUUCUCGCUUCGAAGUGUUCCACCCUCAAAAAUAUUCAGGGCGGUGGCGUCGGAUGGUUCGCGCAUAUCUAUUCCGAUGCGCAGGAGCCGGGAUAUGGCAUUUAUGAUGUCAAUGGAAAUCUCAAGUUUGACUUUAACCCUCUUACGUCUUGUUAA